AUGACUCCAGUACAUUUCAGCUUUAGCUCAGCAUUUAUUCUAGGGUUAAUAGGCCUGGCAUUCCACCGCACACACCUCUUAUCAGCACUGCUCUGCUUGGAAGGCAUAAUACUUUCACUUUUUAUUGCUCUCUCACUAUGAUCCCUCCAACUCGAAGCAACCGGAUAUUCCGCAGCCCCAAUGCUUCUCUUAGCCUUCUCAGCCUGUGAGGCAAGCGCAGGCCUUGCCCUACUCGUUGCUACGGCCCGCACCCAUGGCACAGACCGCCUACAAAAUCUAAACCUCCUACAAUGCUAA